GAUUUCACUGAAUACGGAUCUGAACGCGAAUUUUACAUGAAGAAGCGUCAUGUACAAAUUUCAUUUCGUUCAGUCGUAAAGUACCUAUCAUUCGAUGCGGUGAUAGAAAAUCAAAGACAAAAUGAAUGACUCGCUAAAAACUUUGAUCAAUGACCCUCUUUACAGGAGUUAUUUCUAUUAUUGCUCGAUAUUAGUGCUCAAAAUGUUGAUGAUGUCUGCACUGACUGGAAUAAAAAGAAUGAUUUUCAGAAUAUUCAUCAAUCCUGAGGACUCAGCCGUAUUCAAAGCUAAAAUUACAACAAAUGAAAGAGUGGAAAGAGUUAGGAGGGCCCAUUUGAAUGAUUUGGAAAACAUUCCAUUGUUUUUCGUAGCAGCAUUUAUCUUCUGUCUGACAGGACCCAGUUUAGCAUGGGCUACACUGCUAUUUAAGACGUUCACCUAUACCAGAAUUGUACACACUUUAGUUUAUGCCGUCUACCCAGUUGUUCAGCCUACUAGGAUGAUAGUUUGGACUAUAGGUUACCUCAUAAUUGGUUAUAUGGCUUCAAGUAGUGUUUUGUAUUUCAUGUGAUAGAAUAGAUGAGAUUUUUUUAUAAAAUAUACGGUUUGAAGAGGA